GCAGAGUGUAGUAUCGAACUGACGAGCAACCAGUAGAAAAUUCUUCUUCAUGACAGAAAACACGAUACGGAAAUAACUUGGAAUAUUAUUUUCACGAAUGAGUUUAUUUUCUAUAGUUUUCUUUUAAUCAUUAUGGGAAUUGCAGAUAGAAAGUGUUUAUUUUUUAUUGCAUUUGGCUCCUUCUUAACAUUCUUACAACCUUCAAAUGGUGCAGAUAAAGCAAACUCUUGCUUAGUGCCUCCCCGGCUUGAUAAUGGUAUUUGGGCCAUAUAUUUAGAAGAAGGCUUUAAUUUUAAAAAACAAGUAGAAGAGGGUGAAGAAUUACCUCUCAAAUCUCAAUUGUAUUGCGAAUGUAAUUUCGGUUAUCAAGUUGCGAUUUUCGAAUUUGCAAGAUGUACAUCUAAUGGAAGUUGGGAUUAUAUACCAGUUUGUAAAAGGAUAAUGAGACCUUCAGGAAAUGUAAAACAUAUUUAUGUCCAUUGUAAUUAUUUGGGCUCAUCAGGAAAUUAUGCUUCUGACAUAGCUCUCUUAGAAAUUGAAGUACCAUUUGUAUUUACAAAUAUGUUAACACCAGCUUGUUUAGAUGGUACUAUUAUUGAGUCUGGAGAAGGAAUAGUUGCGGGAUUUGGAUUUACUGCUUCUGGGUCAACCAGUCCUCUUCUCCAAUUAACAACACUGCCCUACGUUUCUGAUAUUCAAUGCAAAGAUAUAAACAAUUCUGUUAUAUAUGAGCAGUAUAUAACGAAUGACAAAUUUUGUGCGGGCUAUACAAAUGGAACAUCUGUCUGUGAUGGUGAUAGUGGAGGGGGAAUUUUAUUGAAAACUAGAGAAUUAUGGUUUUUAAGAGGUAUUGUCAGUUCUGGAAUUAGUGUAAAUUUAGGAGGAGGUACUUCAAUUUGUGAUAGUCAUUCGUAUUCUCUUUAUAUACGCAUUUCUUCCUACUUUUCCUGGAUCCAAAAUAUUAUUUAUAAAAUAAAUCAAAUUGAAUUCCCAUGCAUAAAAAAGCAAGCACUUACUAAAUAAUCAAUUAUUAUUGAAAGAAUAAAUAAGAAUUUAUUUAAACACAAAAACAUCGUAAUAACAUUCACAUAAGUCUCACAGGGAAUUUUGGACGGUUAUUAAAUCUUUAUGAACGAUUUAUUUCGAACCAGUUGUACGUUUCGUCCCUUUCUUGGGACUUUAUUGGGAUCAGGCGGCUUAAUUUUAUGAGCUACUGAUCUGAAGAAAAAAAAACGGAGAGUAGAAUAAUUAAUAAAAGGCUAGGCGGUAAGCGCGAAAAUGUCUUUACGGCUGGAAAAUGGAAUAUGUAAAAUAGCAAGACGUCACAAUAUCAAUAAAUAAUAAAAAAAAGAUGAAGAACAAAUUAUGUUUUAUAUACCACUGUGGUUACAAAUGAUAUUGUAGUAAACUAGUAAGUAAUUCAUUCCCUGGUCAGCUUGACCAAAAAUUAACCACACUCAUUGCGCCAUAAGACGUAAUAAAUCUAUAGUAGGCCAGUCAAAAAGGGGCAAAUAAAAACUUUUUAAGCCGUUAACUUUUAUUGGCCGUUGGACUGACUGGACCGGGACUCCAAACCGGAUCUUUCGCUUUCCGAGUGACGGCUUUUUAGCUAUCCAGAGUCCACGUCCAAUCUCUUCACGAAUGCCUAUUUAAGUAUUUGGCAUGGAGGCGCUCGUCCCACAAAAGUAAUAUCUUUACAUUCUUCUGUAGCUAGAGGGAUUAGCCUCUGUCACAACACCGAUAAACWAGAAUAAAAUAAUUCAAGUCAUGGUUAAUAAAAGUAAUUUACUAACUA